AACAAAGGAAUAAGAAGAUAAGUAAUAAAAAGAAAAAUCCAUUUCCAUUGUUCUCUGAAACAUUCAUCAAAUGUUGCAUUGCCAUCACCACACACUCUCUACUCGGUUCUUCCCCCUCUCCCUCCACCGCCGUAGCCCUUCCCUUGCUUCCACCUCUUUCUACAAACCCACCUCUCCGUUCUCCUUCUCAGCGCUUCCGCCUCCCAGACCCGACUUAUGGCUUGCGGAGCUCCCCGACCUGGCGACUACCGUGACACCCAUUACUCCACUGGAGGAGGGUGGUCCCGUAGAGCUCCCACUCUCAUCUCCUUCCAUUUUUGCUACUACAGAUGACCCUACUCCUCUCCAGGUGGCUACUAGCGUCCUCCUCACUGGAGCCAUUGCUGUCUUCCUCUUUCGCUCUAUUCGUCGCCGAGCUAAGCGCGCUAAAGAACUGAGAUUUAGGUCUUCUGGAGCAAAGAAAACAAUAAAAGAGGAAGCAUUAGAUAGCUUGAAAGCAAUGGGAUCAGCUACCAUUGAUGCCAAGAAGCCUCCUUCACCAGUUCAGGCAUUUUUAGGAGGAAUAUCAGCAGCAGUGAUUGCACUUAUACUCUAUAAGUUCACUACUACUAUUGAGGCAUCUCUUAACCGCCAGACUAUGUCAGAUAAUUUCUCUGUUCGUCAAAUAACUAUAACAAUCAGGACAAUUAUAAACGGGUUAUGCUACCUUGCAACAUUCGUUUUUGGCAUCAAUGCAGUUGGUUUAAUCCUUUAUUCUGCCCAGCUUGCCAUCAACUCUUUCAUGGAAGAUUCUACUAGUGAAGAAAGUGAAAGUAAAGGCAAUGAAAAGUCAGGUUCGCUGAAGUCAACAACUGAGAGUUCUACUGCUGAAUUGAACAGCAGCCAGGGAGAUCAAAAUCCAGACAAUUCACAGUAGCAAAAGAGAGAAUCAAAGAGUAGGUCUCUGUCCUUUUAAAUCGUUUGUAUUUUGAAGGGGAACAGGGAUGGGCAUAAUCAAUUUUGAUCUUGCAAUUAUAAUCACUUGUAUAAUGCUGUUAAAAUUUCAUAGUUUAGCCAACC